AGAAAAAGAAAAAAAUUUGACGUUUUAAGGACCAAAGCAUGAGUCUGCACGACGACUUACCCACUCAGUGAGAGAGGAAAUUCUGUUAAUUGCACGCGCCACACAUGUGGGCAUUCCUCACACGCACUCAGGGUUUGUGGUUCUGAACCCAGAGAUAUAGAGAGAGAAAGAGAGAGAGAGAGAGAGAGAGAGAGAGAGAGAGAGAGAGAGAGGGAGAGAGAGAUUUCAGAUAGAAUUGGGAAGCCAAAAAAUAAAUUUUUUUUUUUUUUUAACGAUCAUCGAUCGACGCGCUGAGAUAGCUGGGCGAGAGAGAUGAACAUUUGAAGCGAGUGAGAAAAGCGAGUGGAAUUAGCCAAUUUCUCCAACAACUGCUUUGGCGAGUGAGUGCAAGAAACAGCGAGUGAAGAUCAAACCCUAAAUUUUCCUGAUUUCCCCCCGAAGGCUUCUCCCACUCGCGGAAAACCCCCACUCGCUUUUCUUUUUCAGCCUCGGCUCUCUGAUUCUCAUUCCUUCCCGUUUCAGGAUGGAUAGGAGUCAAAAUCCAGUCGAAAAUGCGAUGAAUUCUCAAGACAAUGUGAAUGCUGGGGGAGUGAAUGAAAACAUGAUUGUUGUUAUGGAUGGAGUGCAUAAUAGAGAUGGUGGCCUUCUUAGUUCUCCAAAAAGGGAUGUUGUAAUGUUUGAAGGGGAUACAGAUUUUGAACCCUGUAAUGGAAUUGAAUUUGAAUCACAUGAGGCAGCAUACUCAUUUUAUCAAGAAUAUGCUAAAUCAAUGGGAUUCACCACUUCAAUAAAAAACAGCCGACGUUCAAAGAAAUCAAAAGAAUUUAUUGAUGCUAAAUUUGCAUGUUCCAGAUAUGGAGUCACACCAGAAUCAGAUGGUGGCAGCAGUAGACGGCCAAGUGUGAAAAAGACAGACUGCAAAGCCAGUAUGCAUGUGAAGCGAAGGUCAGAUGGAAAAUGGAUUAUUCAUGAAUUCAUAAAGGAGCAUAACCAUGAACUUUUACCAGCUCUAGCUUAUCAUUUUCGGAUUCAUAGGAAUGUAAAGUUAGUUGAGAAGAAUAACAUUGACAUUUUGCAUGCUGUAAGUGAACGUACUAGAAAGAUGUAUGUUGAGAUGUCAAGACAAUCUGGCGGAUAUCAAAAUAUUGGGUUUGUUCGGGCUGAAACAGAUUUUCAGUUUGAUAAAGGCCGGUACUUGGGUUUAGAGGAGGGAGAUGCCCAAGUACUGCUCGAGUAUUUCAAGCGGAUCCAGAAAGAGAAUCCUAACUUCUUCUAUGCAAUAGAUUUGAAUGAAGAGCAGCGUGUGAGAAAUUUGUUUUGGGUUGAUGCUAAAAGUAGGAGUGAUUAUGCCAGUUUUAGUGAUGUUGUUUCUUUUGAUACCUCUUAUGUCAAAAUCAAUGAUAAAUUACCAUUUGCUCCGUUUAUUGGGGUGAACCAUCACUUUCAGUCCAUGUUGCUUGGUUGUGCAAUGGUUGCUGAUGAGACUAAAUCAACAUUUGUUUGGUUAAUGAAGACAUGGCUUAGAGCAAUGGGUGGACAAGCUCCCAAAGUGAUUAUCACUGAUCAAGGCAAAGCCUUGAAGGCAGCCAUUGAAGAAGUCUUCCCAAAUGCCCGUCAUUGCUUUUCACUUUGGCAUAUAUUGGAAAAGAUCCCUGAAACUCUUGCUCAUGCAAUCAAACGUCAUGAGAAUUUUUUAAAUAAGUUUAACAAGUGUAUUUUUAAGUCAUGGACAGACGAUCAGUUUGACAUGAGGUGGUGGAAAAUGAUUACUAGAUUUGAACUUCAGGAUGAUGAAUGGAUUCAGUCACUAUAUGAAGACCGUAAAAAAUGGGUGCCUACUUAUAUGGAGGAUACUUUUUUAGCUGGAAUGUCUACAAAUCAGCGUUCUGAAAGUAUGAACUCUUUCUUUGACAAAUACAUACAUAAGAAAAUUACUCUGAAGGAGUUUGUGAAACAGUAUGGAUCAAUUCUACAAAAUAGGUAUGAAGAGGAAGCAAUUGCAGAUUUUGAUACUUGGCACAAGCAACCUGCAUUAAAAUCUCCUUCACCUUGGGAAAAGCAAAUGUCAACAGUUUACACACAUGCUGUAUUCAAGAAAUUCCAAGUUGAAGUUUUGGGUGUAGUUGGCUGCCAGCCAAAAAAAGAAAGUGAAGAUGGAGCAACUAUCACAUUUAGAGUCCAAGACUGUGAAAAGGAUGAAUUCUUUUUUGUAUUGUGGAAUGAAACAAAAUCAGAGGUUUCUUGUUUCUGUCGUCUGUUUGAAUACAAAGGUUUUCUUUGUAGACAUGCUUUAAUUGUUCUCCAAAUUUGUGGCCUUUCAAGCAUCCCACCUCACUAUAUUUUGAAGAGGUGGACAAAGGAUGCAAAAGGUAGGACAUUAAUGGCUGAAGGAACAGAGAGGACAAAGACUAGGGUGCAGCGCUAUAAUGACUUGUGUAAACAUGCCAUAGAACUGAGUGAAGAAGGUUCAUUAUCUGAAGAGACAUAUAAUAUUGCUUUUCGGGCACUAGUUGAAGCUCUGAGGAACUGUGUGGACGUGAACAACCAUAACAACAAUGCUGUAGAGUAUAGCACCAAUGUUCAUGGUGUUCGUGAAAUGGAAGAAGAGAAUCAGGGAAGCCUUGUGGUUAAAACAAGCAGGAAGAAGAAUACAAACAAGAAAAGAAAGGUACAAGCUGAUCAAGAUGUUGUACUUGUUGAAGAACAAGACACCUUGCAGCAAAUGGAUAAUCUAAGCUCAGAUAGCAUAACACUUAAUGGAUACUAUGGUGCCCAACAGAAUGUGCAAGGACUGGUACAGUUGAAUUUGAUGGAGCCACCUCAUGACAGUUACUACGUUAACCAACAGAGUAUCCAGGGGCUGGGACAAUUAAACUCAAUAGCGCCUGGCCCUGAUAGUUAUUUUGGGGCUCAACAAGGCAUUCAUGCGCUGGGACAACUGGAUUUCAGACCACCAACCAGCUUUGGUUACAGCUUGCAGGAUGAGCCACACUUGAGAUCUGCACAGUUACAUGGCAAUGCUUCCAGACACACAUGAGAGCGAAACACCUUGCAUGGUUGCUGCAAUGGUAUUUAUCAUCUCUUGAAGGUGGUUGAAAUUUUACCAAAGACUUGGUGAUCAUUGAUAAAUCAAGCCAGAAGAAACAUGUACGGUCGAAAAGAAGGUGGACAAUUAUGCCUAUAGGUACUGGCUCUUCAGAAUUUUGGAUGAUUAUCCCACCUCCCCUGCUUUUCUCCCACCAAAGAGAAAAUGGAAAUUGAUGUAACUGAUAUUGAUGCUAUGUGUUGCCUCAAACUUGGCCAUGUUGGCGAGGCAACCUUAGGUUAGAGAUAUUUUAGAUUAAUUCGUGUAUCUAUAUAUUGAAGGUGUAUCAUGGUUGGCCUAAAAUGGCAAGGCCUAAUGCCAAUAAGGCCUUUGCCUAGGGGGUUCCACAUAUUAAUUAAUAUACAAGGGUUUCAAAUAAAAA